AUGACCACCUUCACACGGCCCGUGGCCUCCUCCAUCGCGGGCAUUGACUUCGGUGUCUACAACGAUGUCGACAUCAAGGCCAUCUCCGUCAAGCGAAUCCAUAACCUUCCGACCUUGGAUUCCUUCAACAACCCGGUUCCUGGCGGUCUCUAUGACCCCGCUAUGGGUGCAUGGGGUGACCAUGUUUGCACAACUUGCCGUCAGACUUCAUGGUCCUGCACGGGUCACCCGGGCCACAUCGAAUUGCCCUUCCAUGUGUACAAUGUCACGCAUUUUGAUCAGCUGUAUCGUCUCCUCAAGGGCCAGUGUGCCUACUGCCAUCGUUUCCAGUUGAGCCGAGCCAGCGUCAACGCCUACGCCUGCAAACUGCGACUGCUGCAAUAUGGGUUGGUGGAUGAGGUCGCCGUGAUCGACACGAUGUGGCAUAAGCACGGCGACAAGAAGAAGACUAAGAGCGGCGACGGGUCCGACAGCGAGGAGGAGGACGACGAUGACGACGUGAUGGAGAAGAGAAACACAUACGUCAAGAAAUGUAUCCGCCAAGCGCAGGCCGAUGGACGGUUGAGAGGUCUCAUGUCCGGGGCGAAGAACCCCCUGGCUGCCGAACAGAGACGCGCUCUGGUCAGAGAGUUCUUCAAGGACAUUGGCGCUCCCAGCAAAUGCGCCAGCUGCAGCGGAAUCUCGCCCGGGUUCCGGAAAGAUCGGUCCUCGAAAAUCUUCCGCAAGGCUCUGCCCGACAAGUCUCGCUAUGCCAUGAUCCAAGCCGGUUUCCAAAUACCGAACUCCCUAGUCCUUCUCCAGGAAGCCAAGCAGCUCAGUUCCAAGGGCAAGAAGGGUCUUGCGAAUGGCGCGUCUGACGAAACACAUGGAGCUGAGGAAGAGGUUGCGCGUGGCGCCGCUGUUCUGGCCGCAGCUGAGAAGAAGCAAGGUCCUGGUGAGAGCUCGCAGUACAUGCCCUCGCCCGAGGUUCACGCGGCCAUCUGCUUGCUUUUCGAGAAAGAGGAGGAGGUCUUGAACCUGGUCUACAACUCCCGCCCACUGCCGAAGAAGGAGUCCCAGGUCAGCCCGGACAUGUUCUUCAUCAAGAACAUCCUGGUGCCCCCCAACAAAUACCGUCCUGCCGCACAGCAGGGACCCGGUCAAAUCCUGGAGGCUGGGCAGAACAUCCCCCUGACGAAUAUCUUGAAGAACUGCGAUGUCAUCAACCAGAUCAGCAAGGAGAGGCAGAGCGGGGGCGCCGAAUCUGCCCUGCGGGUGCGGGAUUACCGCGACCUCCUUGCCUCGAUCGUCACGCUCCAGGAUGCGGUCAACAUGCUGAUUGACCGUGAGCGUGGUAAUAUGUCUGGACCGGCCGCCGCCGCCGCCCCGAUGGGUAUCAAGCAAUAUCUGGAAAAGAAGGAGGGUCUGUUCCGGAAGAACAUGAUGGGAAAGCGUGUCAACUUUGCUGCUCGAAGUGUCAUUUCGCCUGACCCGAACAUCGAAACCAACGAAAUCGGUGUGCCCAUGGUCUUUGCCAAGAAGUUGACAUAUCCCGAACCUGUCACGAACCACAACUUCUGGGAGAUGAAGCAGGCCGUCAUCAAUGGCCCGGACAAGUACCCCGGUGCUUCCGCGAUUGAGAACGAGUUUGGUCAGGUCACCAACCUCCGCUUCAAGUCUCUCGAUGAGCGGACCGCGCUGGCCAACCAGCUCCUGGCGCCUUCCAACGCGCGCACGAAGGGAUCUCGCAACAAGAAGGUCUACCGCCAUCUCACCACUGGAGAUGUUGUCUUGAUGAACCGUCAGCCUACACUCCACAAGCCGUCUAUCAUGGGUCACAAGGCUCGCGUUCUCCCGAACGAGAGAACCAUUCGCAUGCACUACGCCAACUGUAACACCUACAACGCCGAUUUCGAUGGUGACGAGAUGAACAUGCAUUUCCCGCAGAACGAGCUUGCUCGCUCGGAGGCCAUGAUGCUUGCAGACGCCGACCACCAGUAUCUUGUCGCGACUUCCGGUAAGCCUCUGAGAGGUUUGAUUCAGGAUCAUAUCUCGAUGGGAACGUGGUUCACCUGCCGAGACAGCUUCUUCGACGAGGAGGAUUACCACGAGCUUCUGUACAGCUGCCUGAGACCGGAGAACUCCCACACGAUCACCGAUCGGAUCCAGCUCGUGGGCCCGACCGUGCUUCGGCCCAAGCGUCUCUGGACCGGUAAGCAGAUCAUCACGACGAUCCUCAAGAACAUCAUGCCGCCCGAUAGCGCUGGUCUCAACCUGAAGAGCAAGUCGUCGACUCCUGGCGACCGCUGGGGGGAGGGCAAUGAAGAAGGAACCGUCCUCUUCAAGGACGGAGAGCUGCUCAUCGGUAUCCUGGACAAGAAGCAGGUUGGUCCCACCGCCGGUGGUCUGGUUGAUGCCAUUCACGAAGUCUACGGGCACACCAUCGCCGGAAGGUUGAUCAGUAUCCUUGGUCGUCUGUGGACGCGGUUCCUGAACAUGCGUGCUUUCACUUGUGGUAUCGACGAUCUUCGAUUGACUGCGGAUGGUGAUCGCCUGCGCAAGGAAAAGAUCAGCCAAGCCUCCGCCAUUGGUCGCGAGGUCGCGCUGAAGUAUGUCACCCUCGACCAGACUACUGUGCCUGACGAGGAGGCUGAGCUGCGACGCCGCAUGGAGGAGGUUCUCCGCGACGACGAGAAGCAGGGUGGCUUGGAUAGUGUUUCUAACGCCCGCACGGCGAAGCUGUCCACCGAGAUCACGAAAGCCUGCCUUCCCGGCGGUCUGGUCAAGCCGUUCCCCUUCAACCAGAUGCAGUCUAUGACGAUAUCAGGAGCCAAGGGUUCCAGCGUCAACGCCAACCUGAUUUCUUGUAACUUGGGUCAGCAGGUCUUGGAAGGUCGUCGUGUUCCUGUCAUGGUCAGUGGAAAGACCCUGCCGUCUUUCAGAGCCUUCGACACAAACCCGAUGGCUGGUGGUUACGUCUGUGGUCGUUUCUUGACUGGUAUCAAGCCUCAAGAGUACUACUUCCACGCCAUGGCUGGUCGUGAAGGUCUGAUUGAUACUGCCGUCAAGACCUCCAGAUCCGGUUACUUGCAACGUUGUUUGAUUAAGGGUAUGGAGGGCUUGAGGGCGGAGUACGACACUUCGGUCCGUGAAGCCUCCGACGGUUCCAUCGUGCAGUUCUUGUACGGUGAGGAUGGUCUCGAUAUUACAAAGCAGGUCCACCUCAAUGACUUCGACUUCUUGGCCUCGAACCACGUGUCCAUCAUGUCGCAGGUCAAUCUGGCCAACGAAUUCCACAGCCUGGAGAAGGAAGAGGUCACGAGUUGGCACAAGGAUGCCAUGAGGAUGGUGCGGAAGACAGGCAAGGUCGACGCCAUGGACCCUGUUCUCUCUCGCUACCACCCCGGAGGCAACCUGGGCAGUAUCUCGGAACAGUUCUCGCAAGCACUUAAGAAGUACGAGGACACCAACCCGGAUAAGCUCCUCAAGGACAAGAAGAAGGACAUCAAGGGUGUCGUCAGCAAGAAGGUCUUCAACACUCUCAUGAACAUGAAGUACAUGAAGUCCAUCGUCGACCCUGGUGAGGCUGUCGGUAUUGUCGCCGGUCAAUCCAUCGGUGAACCGUCCACUCAGAUGACCUUGAACACCUUCCAUUUGGCUGGUCACUCCACCAAGAACGUGACGCUGGGUAUUCCCCGCCUGCGUGAAAUCGUCAUGACUGCCAGUGCCCACAUCAUGACCCCCACGAUGACGCUGAUUCUGAACGAAGAGCUCCCCAAGGAACACUCCGAAAAGUUCGCCAAGGGCAUCAGCAAGCUCACCGUCGCCGAAGUUGUCGACAAGGUCCAAGUCAAGGAAAGAGUCUCCACUGGAAACAUGAAGGCUAAGAUCUACGACAUCGAAGUCACUUUCUUCCCGUCCGAGGAGUACACCGCGGAAUACGCCAUCACUACGAAGGACGUGCAAGUGACUCUGCAGCACAAGUUCAUCCCCAAGCUCGUGAAGCUCACCAAGGCCGAGCUCAAGAAGCGUCAUGACGAGAAGUCCAUGAAGAAGUUCUCCGCUGCCCAGCCCGAGAUCGGUGUCUCCAUCGGCACCAUCCAGGAUGGACCUCGCGGCGGUGACGACGGCGACGAGCCCGCGGACGACGACGUGGAGGACGACGAGGACGACGCCAAGCGUGCCCGGGGCCUCCAGAACCGGUCCAACCAGGUCUCCUACGAGGCUGCCGAGGACGAGGAAAUGGAACUGGUGCGCCAGCAGGACGACGAGGAUUCCGACGACGACGAGGACGAGACCAACGCCGGCCCCAAACGCGAUGCCGAGAUGGACGACGCCUCCGACUCCGACUCCGACUCCGACAGCGAGACCAAAGACACCAAGCUCCGCGAAGAGGACAUCAAGAACCAGCACCACGAAGUCACGAAGUUCAAGUUCGACCCCCGCAAGGGCGGCUCCUGCACCAUCCAGCUGCAGUACGACAUCUCGACCCCCAAGCUCCUCCUCCUGCCUCUGGUCGAAGAGGCCGCCCGCGCUGCCGUCAUCCAGUCGAUCCCCGGCCUCGGCAACUGCGCCUUCGUCGAAGCCGACCUGGUCAAGGGCGACCCUGCCCACGUCAUCACAGAGGGUGUCAACCUGCUCGCCAUGCGCGACUACCAGGACAUCAUCAAGCCCCACAGCCUCUACACGAACUCCAUCCACGACAUGCUGAACCUGUACGGCGUCGAAGCCGCCCGCGCCUCCAUCGUCCGCGAAAUGGACGAGGUCUUCAAGGGCCACAGUAUCUCCGUCGACAACCGCCAUCUGAACUUGAUCGGCGACGUCAUGACCCAGUCCGGCGGCUUCCGUCCCUUCAACCGCAACGGUCUCGUCAAGGAUGGCUCAUCCCCGCUGGCCAAGAUGAGUUUCGAGACCACCGUCGGCUACCUCAAGGAGGCCGUCAUCGAGCGCGACUGGGAUAACCUCAAGAGUCCCAGUUCCCGCAUCGUCGUCGGCCGCACCGGCACCGUCGGUACCGGUGCCUUCGACGUCCUUGCCCCCGUGGCGUAAAAAUCUUUCUAGGUAAUUGGCGUGCUAUGCUAUGCUGUGCUGUGCUACUGCUACUGCAUUACAUAUUUUUAUAUCUUGGUUCCUCGUCCGUUCUUAUGUAAAUGUGUGCAUUGUUUUUUUUUUUAAGUUUCAUUGUAUUUCUAUUUUGUUUUCUUUUCCCUAUGUGCUGUCCUUGUCUUGUCUGACGUGUCCAACGAUCUCGAUCUCUGCAGUUGUUCUUUUUCAG